UUAUUUUGAAGAUCCUGGCGGAAGCAGCGCGUGACUUUACUACUGUUCAUUGACGCCGGUACUUCAGCGGCCGAAGAACACAAACUACACUGACGAACUUGCAAGAAGAAGAAGAAGGAGAAGAAGAAGGAGAAGAAGAAGCAGCAGGAGAAGGAGAAGAAGAAGGAGAAGGAAGAGGUGACGUGCGUCGGAGUCGCCGAGGGUCGUCGUUCCCGCCCGUGCCGCGCCUGCGCCGGGCGCUCGCGCCGCCAUGUCCCAGCGGACGCAGCUGAGUCUGCUGCUGUGGAAGAACUUCACGUACAGACGGAGGCAGAAGCUGCAGCUGCUGGUGGAGAUCGUGUGGCCGCUGUUCAUCUUCGUCAUCCUCAUCGCCGUGCGCCUCAGCUACCCGCCGUACGAGCAGCACCAAUGUCACUUCCCCAACAAGGCCAUGCCCUCGGCGGGCACGUUGCCGUGGAUACAGGGCAUCCUGUGCAACGCCAACAACCCGUGCUUCCGCAGCCCCACACCGGGCGAGUCGCCGGGCGUCGUCGGGAACUUCAACGACUCCAUAAUCUCUCGUCUGUUUUCCGACGCCAAGAAGAUUCUUCUGUACAGUCAGGAUGACAAAAACUUGGACGGCUUUAAGGAGCUCGCCCGUGCCCUCAGAAAGCUCCAGAGCAGCAGAACAGGCUUCAAGUUGAAGCACUUCCUGCGGGAUGAGGAGACUUUGUCCAGCUUCCUGUUGAGGAACGCCUCCUUGCCUGCGUUUGUCGUGGACCAGAUCCUGGAGGCGGAUGUGGACUUGGAAAAGGUCCUCCUGAGAGGCUUCGGGGUCCGCCUGCGGGACGCGUGUCCUCGCAGGUCAGGGGGCCGAGGCGUGCGGGACUUCGUGGACAUCGCGGACCCCCUGGCCGCCGUGAUGGUGCAGGAAGUGGUGUGUCGCGCGCCGCUCGUGUGGCUCGACCAGGCCGAGCGCAACUUCCUGGACAACGUGGACUUCCUCAAACCCGUCCUGAGGGACGUCCGAUCGGACCCCGAAGCCAUCCAGGAUGUUUCUAUGGCAACCAACAAACUGCUGAACAGUCUUGGCUCCCUGGCCGUGGAGCUGGCCGGCAUGAAGAGCUGGAUGGACCUGAGGAAGGAGAUCAUCUUCCUGACGCACAACGCCACGUCCUCGCCCAGUGCCAUGUACCAGGCCGUGUCGCGUAUCGCGUGCGGCCACCCGGAGGGCGGCGGCCUGCAGAUCAAAUCUCUCAACUGGUACGAGGACAGCAACUACAAGGCGCUCUUUGGGAACCACAACAGCAGCGAGGACGACGCCGCGCAGCACUACGACAACUCCUCCACUCCUUACUGCAACAGUCUGGUGAGGAACAUGGAUUCCAAUCCCAUGUCCAGGAUGAUAUGGGAAGCUGUGAAGCCACUGCUGAUGGGGAAAAUCCUCUACACUCCCGACACUCCUGCCACACAGAGGGUCAUCCGUGAGGUGAACCGGACGUUCCAGGAGCUAGGCGUGUUCAGGGACUUGGAAGGAAUGUGGAAGGAGAUGAGACCCAAAGUUUGGAACUUCCUGGAGAACAGCGACCAGAUGAACCUGAUCCGGUCCCUGCUGAAAAUCAACGUGACCGCCAACUACUUCCACGCUCAAUUGGCCGACACCGACUGGACCGUGGCCGACGUCUCCGACUUCCUGUCCAGGCACGCCGACCAGCGGCCACUGACGAGCGGGGCCCUCACCUGGAGAGACGUCUUCAACGAGACCGACCAGGCCGUCACCAGCAUCUCCCGCUUCAUGGAGUGUGUGAAUCUGGACAAACUGGAGCCCGUCUCGACUGAGGAGCGCAUGAUCAAUGAGUCGAUGGUUCUGCUGGAGGACAGGAAGUUCUGGGCCGGGAUCGUCUUCCCAGAUGUCGCCGCCAAUGCCACAGAGCUUCCCCCCAACAUGAGCUACAAAAUCCGCAUGGACAUCGACAACGUGGAGCGGACUAAUAAGAUCAAAGACGCUUACUGGGACCCGGGUCCUCGCGCUGACCCUUUUGAAGACAUGCGGUACAUCUGGGGAGGGUUCUCCUACCUGCAAGAUGUCAUCGAGCACGCCCUUGUCCGAGUCAUGACUGGCACCAAAGAGAAGAUGGGUGUCUACAUCCAGCAGAUGCCGUACCCGUGCUACGUGGACGACAUCUUCCUGCGGGUAAUGAGCCGCUCCAUGCCGCUCUUCAUGACUCUGGCCUGGAUGUUCUCCGUGUCCAUCAUUCUGAAGAGCGUGGUGUACGAGAAGGAGGCACGUCUGAAGGAGACCAUGAGGAUCAUGGGAUUAGACAACGGCAUCCUGUGGUUCAGCUGGUUCAUCAGCAGUCUGAUUCCUCUGCUCAUCAGCGCUGGACUCCUGGUGCUGAUGCUCAAGAAAGGAAACUUGCUGCCGUACAGCGACACCGGUGUGGUCUUCCUCUUCCUGGCAUCUUUUGCCGUGGUGACCAUCAUGCAGUGCUUUCUCCUCAGUACGUUAUUUGCUCGAGCGAAUUUGGCUGCUGCCUGUGGAGGAAUCAUCUACUUCACACUGUACUUGCCCUACGUACUCUGCGUGGCCUGGCAGGACCACAUCGGGUUUGGCACCAAAGUCUUCGCAAGCCUCCUGUCCCCUGUGGCUUUUGGGUUCGGCUGCGAGUACUUUGCUCUGUUUGAAGAGCAGGGCGUCGGCAUCCAAUGGAAGAACCUGGUGGGGAGUCCCCUGGAGGAAGACGACUUCAGCCUCCGUACUGCCAUCAUCAUCAUGUACUUUGACUCCUUCCUGUACGGGCUCCUCACCUGGUACAUCGAAGCCGUCUUUCCAGGUCAAUACGGGAUUCCUCGGCCGUGGUUCUUCCCCUUCACCAAGUCCUACUGGUUUGGAGACGAGGAUAACAAGUCGAACAAAGUCCCUCUGAAACACAAAGGAAACCCCGGUGCGGUGUGCAUGGAAGAGGAACCAGCUCAUCUUGACCCUGGCGUCUACAUCGAGAAUCUGGUGAAGGUUUACCGGCACGGAAGGAAGCUGGCGGUGGACGGACUGACGCUUGGCUUCUACGAGGGACAGAUCACCUCCUUCCUGGGACAUAAUGGCGCAGGAAAGACCACCACCAUGUCCAUCCUCACCGGUCUGUUCCCACCCACCUCCGGUACCGCCUACAUUCUGGGUCGAGACAUCCGCACGGAGCUGAGCGCCAUCCGGCAGAGUCUGGGUGUCUGCCCUCAACACAACGUCCUCUUCAGCAUGUUGACGGUGGAAGAGCACAUCUGGUUCUACGCUCAACUCAAAGGCCUGUCGGAGGAGCAGGUGAAAGGCGAGAUCGAGCAGAUCCUCCACGACACUGGCCUGCCACACAAACGCAAGUCCAAGACCAGCACGUUGUCCGGCGGCAUGCAGAGGAAGCUGUCUGUCGCUCUCGCCUUUGUCGGGGGUUCGAAGGUGGUAAUCUUGGACGAGCCCACGGCCGGAGUCGAUCCCUACGCUCGAAGAGGAAUCUGGGAUCUGCUGCUGAAGUACCGGCAGGGACGCACCAUCAUCCUGUCCACGCACCACAUGGACGAGGCCGACAUCCUCGGCGACCGCAUCGCCAUCAUCUCGCACGGCAAGUUGUGCUGCGUCGGAUCGUCGCUCUUCCUCAAAAACCAACUGGGGACGGGCUACUACCUGACCCUGGUCAAGAAGGACCCCGAACCCUCGCUCAGCUCCUACAGGAACUCGUCCAGCACCGUGUCCUUCACCAAGAAGGACGAGAGCGGUUCCGUCAGCAGCAGUGACGCCGGACUGGGCAGCGAACAGGAAAGCGAUGCCGCCACCGUCGAAACCGGGAAGGCGGCAUCGGCGUGCGACGUGCCCCUCCCGCCGGUGGAUACGUCCCAGGUGUCGGGCCUGAUCCUGCGCCACAUCCCCGCCGCCCGCAUGGUGGAGGACCUCGGACACGAGCUGACCUUCGUCCUGCCGUACUCGGCCGCCAAGGACGGAGCAUUUGUGGAGCUUUUCAGGGAAAUGGACGAAAAGCUGAGCGACUUGAACAUCUCCAGUUACGGCGUGUCCGACACCACCUUGGAGGAGAUUUUCCUGAAAGUGGCCGAAGAUAACGGCGUGGACACAGACGUGCCCUCGGACGGCACGCUUCCCGUCCGGCGCCGACGACGGACUCAUGCCUUCGGAGGAGGCGACCCUCAGAGUUGCCUGAGACCUUUGACGGACGAGCACGACGACGACGACGACGGCGGCGGCGACGCGUCCGACGUCGAUCCCGAGAGUCGUGAGACGGACCGGUUGAAGUGUGUCGGCGGGAAAGGGUCGGAGAAAGUGAGCGGCUGGAAUCUGAGGAAACAACAAUUUGUGGCGCUCAUGUGGAAAAGAUUUCUUUACGCCCGACGCUCCCGCAAAGGUUUCUUCGCCCAGAUCGUCCUUCCCGCCGUCUUCGUCUGCAUCGCGCUCGUCUUCAGUCUCAUCGUUCCUCCUUUCGGGAAAUAUCCCAAUUUGGAGCUGCAGCCCUGGAUGUACGAAGACCAAGUCACCUUCAUCAGUGACGACGCGCCAGGAGACGCCGCCAUGCAGAAAUUGCUGACUUCGCUUUUGGACCCGCCUGGACUGGGGACACGCUGCAUGCUGGGACAUCCCGUCCCCGACGGGCCGUGCACGAUGGGCGACGAUGACUGGAGCGUCCCGGAGGUCCCGGAGAGCGUCCGACGAAUGUUCGUCUCUGGAAACUGGACCAUGGAGGACCCGUCUCCCGCCUGCUCGUGCAGCUGCGACGGCAGGAAGAAGAUGCUGCCCGAGUGCCCCGCCGGAGCCGGGGGAAUGCCCCCGCCCGAGAUGAAGGUGAGUUCUACAGACAUGCUGCAGAACCUGACCGGGAGAAACAUCUCCGACUACCUUGUCAAGACCUACGCUCAAAUCAUCGGCAAGAGUUUGAAGAACAAAGUUUGGGUCAACGAGUUCAGGUACGGAGGCUUCUCAUUGGGCGCCAGGAGCACGCAGGUCCUCCCCCCGGCCGUCGAGAUCGACGACGCCAUCCGGCGCAUCCGCAAAAUCUUCGAACUGCAGAAGGGAGCUGCAGCCGAUCGAUUUCUCGACAAUUUGUCGGCUUUCAUCAACGGUUUGGACACCAAAAACAACGUCAAGAUCUGGUUCAACAACAAAGGCUGGCACAGCAUGGGCUCGUUCAUGAACGUGAUGAGCAACGCCAUGGUGAGGGCCAACCUUCCUCCCGGGAAGGACGCCGGCCGCUUCGGCAUCCGAGCCUUCAAUCACCCGCUCAACCUGACCAAGGAGCAACUGUCCCAGGUGGCGCUGGUGACGACCUCGGUGGACGUGCUGGUGUCCAUCUGCGUGAUCUUCGCCAUGUCCUUCGUUCCGGCCAGCUUUGUGGUUUUCCUCAUCCAGGAGCGCGUCAGCAAAGCCAAGCACAUGCACUUCAUCAGCGGCGUGCACCCCCUCCUCUACUGGAGCGCCAACUUCAUCUGGGACAUGUGUAACUACGUCGUCCCGGCAACGCUGGUCAUCAUCAUCUUCGUGUGUUUCCAACAAAAAGCUUACGUCUCCUCCACGAACCUUCCCGUGCUCGCUCUGCUCCUCCUGCUCUAUGGGUGGUCGAUCACCCCGCUGAUGUACCCGGCGUCGUUCGCGUUCAGCAUCCCCAGCACGGCCUACGUGGUCCUCACCAGCUGCAACAUCCUCAUCGGCAUCAACGGGAGCAUCUCCACCUUCGUGAUGGAGCUCUUCGGAGACCACGAGAUCGGCGGCAUCAACGACAUCCUGAAAAACGUCCUCCUCAUCUUCCCGCACUUCUGUUUGGGCCGAGGCCUCAUCGACAUGGUCAAGAACCAGGCCAUGGCCGACGCCCUGCAGAGAUUUGGAGAGAACAAGCUACGGUCUCCUCUGGAGUGGGACAUGGUGGGCAAGAAUUUGUUUGCAAUGGCGGUCGAGGGCGUCGUCUUCUUCAUCGUCACCCUCCUCAUACAGUCCAGAUUCUGCGUCGAACCCAGGCCCAUCGGUCGUGUGGCCAAACUGGGAGUUUUGGGAGACGAAGACGAGGACGUCGCUCGCGAGAGGCAGCGGAUCGUACACGGACUCGGACCCGGACACAUCCUGGAACUCCGACAACUCACCAAGGUGUUCAAAAGGAAACAGAAACCGGCAGUCGAUCGACUUUGCGUCGGAAUUCCUCCCGGAGAGUGUUUCGGCCUGCUGGGCGUGAACGGCGCGGGAAAGACGACCACCUUCAAAAUGCUGACGGGCGACACCGCGGUGACCGGCGGGGAGGCCUUUCUGGCCGGGAAGAGCAUCCUGCGGGAGCUGGACCAGGUCCACCAGAACAUGGGCUACUGUCCGCAGUUCGACGCCGUCAACGAGCUGCUGACGGGCCGAGAACAUCUGGAGCUCUACGCCAUCCUCAGAGGCGUUCCCGGCGAGGAAGUGUGCGACGUGGCCGAGUGGGGCAUCAGGAGGUUGGGCCUGCUCAAGUACGCCGACAAAGCCACAGGAAGUUACAGCGGCGGCAAUCUGCGCAAACUGUCCACCGCCAUGGCGCUCAUCGGAGCGCCACCCGUCGUCUUUCUGGACGAGCCCACCACGGGCAUGGACCCCAAAGCCCGCCGAGCGCUCUGGAACUGCAUCCUCGGUGUCAUCAAGGAGGGACGCUCCGUCGUGCUCACCUCGCACAGCAUGGAGGAGUGUGAGGCGUUGUGCACCCGGAUGGCCAUCAUGGUGAACGGCAGGUUCAAAUGUCUCGGCAGCGUCCAACAUUUGAAGAACAGGUUCGGCGACGGAUACACCAUCGUCCUGCGCGUGGCGGGGCCCGACCCCGAUCUGGUUUCCGUCAUGAAGUUCAUCGAGAACGAGCUGAGCGGCAGCACGCUGAAGGAGAAACAUGGAAACAUGCUGCAGUACCAGCUGCCGUCCACACGGGGCUCACUCGCGCACAUUUUCUCCACGCUAGCCAACAACAAGCAGGCCCUCAACAUCCAAGACUACUCCGUCACGCAGACCACCCUGGACCAGGUGUUCGUGAACUUCGCCAAGGAACAAAGUGACGAUUAUCACUCCAAAGACAUUUCCUCUUCCUCAACAAAGCGGCGCCGGGGCAGACCUCCGGUCCGAGUGGACCUUCCCGAGGCGGACCGGCCCGAAGAAAGCAUCAUGUGACCGCGGCGUGUGAUCACGUGACGGCGGGGUCACGUGAUUUCCGGGGGGGGCGUGGCCUUCCCGCUCGGCAGAAGAAAAAAACUUGAAGCGGUGCUAGCGCAUCACCGCCUUUUUUAAUUUGUCGAACGGUCUCGCGCCGUCCGUGUUGAUGAAGAUUCCAAACAAUUUCAAAUCAGUUUCCUUUGACUUUAUUUAUGGUUCUUCCACUGCGAAUCAAAGUGUUGAUUAUUAGUAUUAUUAUUAUUAUUUGUUUUUUUAAGAAACAAAAAUGUGUGAAAAUACCUCACUGUUUUUCCUUUAAAAAAAGAAAUAAAUAAAUAACUGCCACUGAAAACAUUCAAAUCAAACAAA